CAAUGUUCCUCUGAUCAUUUCAAUGAUUCUCAAAGUAAACAGAACAUUACUUUACUUUUUAUUAUUAUUUCUUGGCGAUAAUCAGUCGUUGACUUCGAUAUCCUUGGGUUUAGUUUUGUUUGUCUUAUCCUUUUCUUUCACCGCAAAACCCAUGUUCUUUCAGUUCCUUUAUUCAUUAGGUUCGAUCAGUCAUCCUCCCUCAGUUCAUCCACCUGGAAAAUAGUGAUGGAUAUUGUUGGAGAGACUGUUCUCUCGACCUUUUUGGAGAAUUUGUUCGAGAGGUUGCUGUCUCUAGAGUUCUUAAACUUUGUGCGAGGAGGAGAACUCCACGAUUCACUGGAAAAGUUGAAGUUGACAUUAUCAGCUGUCGCUACAGUCGUUAACGAUGCUGAGGAAAAGCAGUUCGAGAGACCCAUCGUUGAAGCUUGGCUGAAGCUGCUAAAAAAUGCAGUAUAUGAUGCAGAGGAUGUGUUGGAUGAGAUUGCAAUCAAAGCUUUGGAGCAGCGGUUGAAACCAGAGCCUGAAUUCAACGGGAAGGUAUGGGAUUUCUUCGCCAAAUAUCGUAAGGUAAUUUCUGAUACUCUUAGGAACUUUAAGGAAGGGACGGAAUCCAAAAUUAUGAAGAUUAUUGAUUCAUUGGAAUACCUUGUGAAACAAAAAGAUGUUCUGGGUUUGAGAGAUGUUGCUCAAGAGAGCUCGUCCCGGGUUAGGAAAAGGCCUGAGACAACUUCCUUGCUGAAUGAAGUUUGUGUUUACGGUAGAGACAAUGAUAGAGAGAAGAUCAUUCAAUUGUUAUUGUCUGAUGAAGCUGAUGUUGUUACCCAAUUUUCUGUAAUACCCAUCAUUGGUAUGGCUGGUGUUGGCAAGACGACUCUAGCUCAAGCUAUAUACAAUGAUAAAAGAGUGGAGGAUUAUUUCGACCUGAAAAGUUGGGUUUAUGUCUCUGAUCAAUUUGAUAUGAAACAUAUAACCAAAACAAUAAUUGGGUCAUUCAGCCAGGAAAUUCCCACAUCUGAUGACUUGAACAACCUUCAAGUAAAUUUGCAGGAAAAAUUGAUAGGAAAAAGGUUUUUACUUGUUCUUGAUGAUGUAUGGAAUGAAGAUUACAAUCAAUGGGUUAGUUUAAGGAAACCUUUAAGGGCUGGGGCAGAAGGUUCUAAGAUUUUAAUAACAACCCAAAAUGCAGGCGUCUCAUCAAUCAUGCGCACUGUCCCAGAUCACAUUCUUGGGCUGUUAUCUGAUGAAGAUUGUUGGGAGUUGUUUAAGCAACAUGCUGUUGACAUCUGCACUAGUGUAAAUCCCAAAAUGGAAGCCAUUGGUAGGGCAAUUGUGAAGAAGUGCAAAGGCUUGCCCCUUGCUGCAUCAACCAUAGGAGGUCUUCUGCGCUCAAAGCUUAAUGUUGAUGAAUGGUGUGAAAUUUUAGAUAGCGGAAUGUGGUGUUUGUCAGAUGAUAGUGGUAUUCUUCCUGCUUUAAAAUUGAGCUAUCAUCAUCUCCCUAUUAAUCUUAAGAGAUGCUUCGCUUAUUGCUCAAUUUUCCCCAAAGACUAUGAAUUUAGGGAGGAGGAGCUCGUACUGCUGUGGAUAGCAGAAGGCUUUGUGCCACAGUUGAAAGGUAUAAGGAUGGAGGACUUAGCUAGAAAGUACUUCCAUGGCUUGCUUUCAAGAUCACUUUUUCAACAACGCAGUCCUGACAAAUUGGUUUAUGUGAUGCAUGGUCUUGUACAUGAUCUAGCAAAAGCUGUUUCUGAAGGAAUAUGUUUUAGGUUGGAGGAUAUCUUUGAAGGUGGGAGCCAAUAUAAGAUUCCCAAAAGUGCUCGCCACUUGUCAUACAUUCGUGAUUACUAUGAACCGUUGACAAAAUUUGCGGUCUUUGAUCCUGGUGAGAUUUCAUUGAGGACUUUCCUAGCAUUGGGCGGUGGAAGAAAGUUUAGCCAUAUGCCUGGGAAGGUCCUGCUUGAACUGCUACCAAAACUCAAGUAUUUGCGGGUGUUAUCUCUGAACAGUUAUCAAAUUACUGAUCUACCUGAGUCAAUUGGAAAAUUAAAACACCUGCGGUAUUUGGACAUAUCUUAUACUUCAGUGAGAAGGCUGCCUGAAUCAACCAGUACCCUUUACAACUUGCAAACACUGCUAUUGGUAGGUUGUCAUUCUCUAAUUGAACUCCCCUUUGACAUUGGAAACUUGAUUAAUCUAAAACAUCUUGAUAUGAGUCAAAGCAGCUUGCGGAAGAUGCCAUUUGGAAUUGGAAGAUUGGUAAGCCUUCAAAGGUUAUCUAGCUUUAUUGUGGGAAAGCAUGCUGAACCUGGAAUAAGGGAGUUGAGGAACUUGGUGCACCUCCAAGGAAGUGUUUCCAUCACAGGUUUGCAAAAUGUGCUUGAUGUUAGAGAUGUUAUUGAAGCCAAUUUCGAGAAUAAGCUGUUUCUCAGUGCCUUGGAAUUGGAAUGGAGUAAGGAAAUCCAUGUUUUGCAAAAUGAAGAGUCUGCAGAGGAACUGAUAAGCUUAAUACUGUCAAUGACAAAACUGAAAGAGCUGACCAUCUGUUACUACCAUGGAAAAAGGCUUCCAGCUCCACAGCAUAACUGUCUGAAGACUCUAGUUUUAAGCAACUUGCUGGGAUUGGUGGAGUGGCCAUCCCUGGGGGUUGAAGAGGAUGUCUUUUGUUCUCUUCGUCACCUUCAAAUUCAGGCAUGUCCUAAGCUAAGGAGAAUCUCUCAUCGUUUUGCUGCAUUAGAGAAAUUGAUUAUUGAAGGUUGUGAAGAGCUAGUUGCCCUUGACAGGCUUACAUCAACAGGAAAAUUGGAAAAGGGAAUGCCCUUUUUUCCCAGCCUUCUUGAACUUUCCAUUGAAUGUUGUCCCACGUUGCUAAAAUUACCCACCUGCCUUUUUUCCUUGAAGGAACUUAGAAUAAUUGGUUGCAUGGAAUUAAAUAUGCUGUCUACAGAAGAAGAGAUGCCUCACCUCUACAAGCUUUCUAUACAAGAUUGCCCAGAGUUGAGAAAAUUGCCUACUCUCCUUCCCUCCUUGGUUCAGCUUCAUCUGCGUGGAUGUCUACAGUUGUUUGCACUUCCAAGGUCUUCAUUACUUAGCAACUUAAGACUGGAAGAGUGUGAUGAGGUGCUGCUGAGAAAUGUCUUUGGUCUCCAUUCCCUUACAUCUCUCUAUAUUUGCAAAAUUCAGAGGCUCAGCUAUUUGUCAGAAUGUUUGCUGAAACAGUUAACAUCACUCAAAGAAUUAGAAAUACACGCUUGUGAUAUGCUCGAGGUGUUAUUCAUGAGUGAUGCUUGUUUGCAACAUCUCGUUUCUUUACAAAAAUUGCUGAUUUUCAACUGUCCAAAACUGGAGGUAUUGCCACACCAAAUGCACAAACUCACAGCUCUCAACAAGUUGGAGAUUUGGGCAUGCCCGCGUCUUCAACCCUUAGCAGAAAUGAAGUUCCCAUCCAAGCUGCAAGAUCUCUGGAUUAGCAGUGAACUAGAGUCCCUGCCCUCUGGGAUGAUGCAGAGUGUGUCUCUUGAAAGAUUAAGCAUUUGGAAUUCUCAUUCUCUCACAUCAUUUCCUAGAUGCAAGUUACCUGGCAGACUAAAAACUCUUUCCAUCAUGACAUGCUCAAAACUGGAGUACUUACCUGGGGAAAUGAUGGAGUGUAACAAUUCUCUUGAAUCUUUGUCUAUUGAGUCAUGUGAUUCCCUCUGUUCUCUUGGAUUAAGAAACUUCACAGCAAGCACCGCCACAAAGCUUAGGGAACUGAAAAUUAUUGGUUGUGGGAAUUUGAAGAGGUUCCCUGAGGACAUUCACAAUCUCACAUCACUCUGUUUAUUGACAGUCGUAUCUUGUCCUCAUCUCGUGUCAUUCCCAGAUGGGGGGUUCCCAACCACUAACCUGAGAAAAAUUCAUGUAAGCAAAUGCUAUGAACUGAAGUCUCUACCUGUUCAUAAUGUUACAUCCCUUCAAGACUUGACUGUAAGAAGAUGCCCCAAUCUUAAGUCCUUCCCCGAAGGUGCACUGCCCACUAAACUUGAGCGUCUUGUGGUCGAUAGUUGUGGGAAUCUCAAGCCUAUCUCAGAAUGGGGUUUUGGCACGCUCAAAGCUCUUAAAAGUCUUGGGAUUAUUGGUGGAUAUGCUGAUCAAGUUUUUUUUCCAGAAAGGAUGCUUCCUUCGUCUCUUACUGCUCUUUCUAUUAAGCACUUGCCAAAGCUCAAGGUUCUGGGACGGGCUCUCCAACAUCUUAAGUCACUCAAAUAUCUGAGAAUUGUAAGAUGCCAUGAUCUCUCAGCCUUACCAGAAGAGAGCUUGCCAGUCAAUCUUUGUUUCCUUCAAAUAGUGGACUGCCCUCGAGUGAAGGAGCAAUAUGAAAUGAAGAAGAACAUAGGCUUGCAUCAAUACUCUCUGAUCUCCUGUUUAAGCUGGGAUGAUGAUUUCUGACAGUAGUUUGAACAAACUACAUAUGGAUUUUACUGCUACUCUCUUUUGUAAUUGGCAGAGACAGCCAAUCAGCAGGUGGUUUCUUGACAAAAGAUGAAGCCUUGGUGAGACAACCAGUUCCCAUGUUGACUCUUUCGACCAUCUUAAAAUCCCAACAGGCUUCUCUCAAUCUAGAUUGACUAGAGUCAGCUCUGGGUUUCCACAACCGUUGCUCAUUGCCAUAACUCUUUCUAGAUUGCUUGUCGUCAAACCGGUCCUGACACCCUUACAAGGUAUAUUCAGCUGUAAACUUACAACCAGGUAAUGUUGAUUCUCUCUUCCCAGGAGAGCUCGUUUUAACCCAUGUAUCACACGCAUUGGUCUGUAAACCAUGCAAACAGAACAUAAAAUUGGACAGAACUUGGUUAGAUUCUGUCUCUGUUCCCCCAAAUCGAAGUGCUUGUUCUUCACGGGC